AUGCGCCCGCCUGACAGCUACGAGAAAUUGAUCGACGCUCUCUCACUCGCCUCUCCUAUUGUCCGACUUAGCCGUGACAAACCCCAGAUAGAAGUGAAAAUGGAUUUCGAUUACAUCUACUCAGACGUGAUAUUCGAUAGUCAGCAUCUCGGCGAAAUAACAACCGACGAUGCUCUGGAAGAACAUGAACUUGUUCUGCAAGACCUGAUCGAAGAUGAUGCAUUCGUUGAGGCGGUACUGGGAGAGGGCAACGAAGAAGGGGAGAUGAUCGCAGCAUUGUUGAGGGUCGCCCGCGCUCACGAGAGACCCUGGACCGAAAAGUUGCAGCGCAAACGCCUUGCUCGUCUAAGAGAAACCCAACAAAACGAGCGGACUGAGCCACCACCAGAUAUUUAA